AUGUCGACUCUGGGAGGCCGCCGCGGGAUGAGGCCUAAAAUGAUGAUGCCGUUUGAUGCCCAGCCGCCUCAGCCGGUCAUCUCAGCUCACCCCAUCCACUCCCUGGACUCGCUCCAGCCUCAGCACUACCACAGCCUGGCCUCGCCCACGCGCACCUACCUGUACCACCCCCAGGCCAGUGGAGGGCGCUACCAACACUGUGCCUCCCCCAUCGCUCACCUGUCCCGGGGCGAGUCUAUAGAGUCGGUGAGGAACACGCCGUGCUCGGACGCCCCUCCCCCGGCCUCCUCGCAGCUCUCCUCGCAGCUCUCCUCGCAGCUCUCCUCGCAGCUCUCCUCGCAGCUCUCCUCGCAGCUCUCCUGUCCCUCGGAGAUCACGGUGGACCCGGAGGGGAGCUACCACGGCAGCACCACGGAGGAGGAGGGCAGCUAUAGCGGCAGCCUGGCCCCUCUGCGCCCGGUGCACGCACACGCACACCCGCUGAAGAGCUUCGCAGUCCCCGCCAUCCCCCCGGGAGCCCACCCCUCCUACGAGAACCCCGCCCUGCCCUGCACGCCCCUGCUCACACAGAGCGGCGCUCCCAGCCACCCCCACGUGGUGAAGACGGCCUCCAUCGGGACCCUGGGCCGGACGCGGACCCCGAUGAUCGUGACGGUGCCCAACGCCCCGGACGUCCCGGAGACCAGCCGGAUGUUGGAGGACGUGGACAGUUCGGGGGCUCAGUCGGGGGCUCAGUCGGGGGCUAAGUCGGGGCCACUGUCUGACCAUGUGAUCAUAAUUCUGGACCAUUCGGGGGCUCAGUCGGGGGCUCAGUCGGGGGCUCAGUCGGGGGCUCAGUCGGGGGCUCAGUCGGGGGCUAAGUCGGGGGCUAAGUCGGGGGCUAAGUCGGGGGCUAAGUCGGGGGCUAAGUCGGGGCCACUGUCUGACCAUGUGAUCAUAAUUCUGGACCAUGUCCAGGUAUCACAGGUACAGGACAUCAGCUGCAGUCUUUGCCUCAGCAUCAGCCCCUCCCCCUGCCCUCCUAACCUGACUGACCUGGGCUUGCUCUCCCCCCUCUCCCCCUCUCCCCCCUCUUCCCCCCUGGCUCUCCUGCAGGUCCUGGCCUCCCUGACGCCCUCCUCCGCCUCGCGCAGUAACGCCCCCCCUCCUGUGCCUCUCCCGCAGAGCUACGAACCCGACGAGCUGACGGAGGAGAUGGCCCACCUGGAGGGCCUGGAGAGCUGA